UCCCUCCUUCCUCUCCUUCACCGUGCGCAAAGCACCGCGGUGAGGAAUACUCGCUCUCUGACGCGCGCUGGCGUCCUUAUUUCACCAAAGUCUGCGCGAAGAAGAAUAAAUCGAGUUUCGUUGUCUUUCAAAGCUUGGAGCUUUGCGCCCCCCCUCCCCCUCUUUUUUUCCCUCUUUGCUGAACUACGCCGGGACUAAAACUGAAUUAUUCAUCCUCCGCAUCUGCUUUCGCCGAAUAUGGGAGCGCGCUGCCUCUCGCGCCGCUUUUCGCAAUCACAUCGGAACGCAUCGUUUUGUGGAGCGCAAGUUGAGCGUUAACCGGGGCUUAGGGGAAUCAAGAAGAAAAAAACGCGUUUUCUUUUAAGUCUCGGAAACUGUCGGGACCGGCAACUGAAAAGGAGAUCUGAUCGACGGUCCUUUUCCUUUUGGCCUCUCCUUACGUAUGAACCGGAGAAUGCCAGCACGGUUUUCACAGCCGAUUCAAUGCAAAGAUGCGCCUUUCUCCAGUUCUCCGUUGGUUUUUCAAAUGAUUUUGUCUUCCUGAGCGUUUGCUAUGUCCCUCCCGUGCUCGGCUAUCUCGGGGAUUAAUGGCAGAAUGUGCGUCCAGGACAAGUGGAGGCUGACUGGAAGAGACGCGAAGGCUGAAAUUGGAGCCUGAAUGGACAAAUUCCCGAGGUCCCGUCUAAAGUGCGGUGUCUUCUGAGGAGAAGACGAUCUUUCGGACGCUGCAGGUUGCUAAAUGGUUUUCUGGGGGAUUUUUAAAAGGCAAAAAUGCUGCUGCUUGUUCUGUUGGCCUUUUCCGUAUCGAGUGCAUUUUCUGACUCGGAUACCGAACUCUCAGCCGAGACCUGCAGUGCCUGCUCUUGCAUGUCCAUUGAGAACGUCCUCUAUGUGAACUGUGAGAAAAUAACUGUGUACAGGCCAACACAGCUGCUCCCUCCACAAUCCAGCCUCUACCAUCUGAAUUUCCAGAAAAACCUUUUGUACAUUCUUUACCCCAACACUUUUCUGAAUUUCACGCACGCAGUCUCCCUUCAGCUGGGCAACAACAAGCUGCAGAACAUCGAGGGAGGGGCCUUUAUGGGACUCAGUGCGUUAAAACAGUUGCACUUAAAUAACAAUGAAUUAAAAGAGCUCCGGGCUGACACUUUCCGAGGGAUCGAAAACUUGGAAUACCUCCAGGCCGACUACAAUUUAAUCAAGUAUAUUGAGAAGGGAGCCUUCAACAAAUUACAUAAGCUAAAGGUUGUAAUUUUAAAUGACAAUCUCAUACAGAGUCUGCCUGAGAACAUAUUUCGCUUUGCCUCCCUUACACACCUGGAUAUACGAGGAAACAGGAUACAGAAGCUCCCGUAUCUUGGAGUUUUGGAGCAUAUUGGAAGGAUAGUGGAACUGCAACUGGAUGACAACCCAUGGAAUUGCACCUGUGAUUUGUUACCUCUAAAAGCUUGGCUGGAGAAUAUGCCCUAUAACAUUUUCAUUGGAGAGGCUAUAUGUGAGACUCCAAGUGACCUAUAUGGCCGACUUUUGAAAGAAACUAAUAAACAAGAACUAUGUCCUCUGGGAGUUGGCAGUGAUUUUGAUGUGAGGAUGCCCCCUUCUCAGCCAGAUGUUGGACACACCAUAUCUAACAUGGCACCAUCUACAAUAGCACCGUCUGUUACCAAAGCACCAAAAACGACAAAUCCCUCCAAAAUAUAUGGGAAUGGUAUUGUUGCUGGUAUUCCAGUGGGUAAAAAUGGCCAAAUUGUGUCCUAUCAAACCCGAGUCCCUCCCCUCUCCUGCCCUCAACCCUGCAUUUGCAAAGCUCAUCCGUCUGAUUUUGGCAUUAGUGUUAGUUGUCAGGAAAGAAAUAUCCAGAACCUAGCUGAUCUUACACCUAGACCCCCAAAUUCCAAGAAAUUGCAACUCAGUGGUAAUUACAUUAAAAAUAUAAGCCCCACUGACUUCCAAGGGUUUGAAGGAUUAGAUCUUUUACACCUGGGCAGUAAUCAAAUAUUCACUGUUCAAAAAGGUGUGUUUGGAAAUCUGACCAAUCUCCGUAGGCUAUACCUUAAUGGAAAUCAGCUUGAGCAGCUUCACCCGGAAAUGUUCCUAGGCCUCAGUAAUCUCCAGUAUUUGUAUUUGGAAUACAAUGCCAUAAAGGAGGUGUUAGCGGGAACAUUUGACUCCAUGCCAAAUUUGCAGCUUUUGUUUCUAAACAACAAUGUGCUCCGAAGCCUCCCUGCUUAUAUUUUUGCUGGUGUGCCUCUUGCUCGAUUGAAUCUAAAGAACAAUCAUUUCAUGACUUUGCCUGUGAGUGGCGUGCUGGACCAGCUCAAAUCUCUCACUCAGAUAGAUCUGGAAGGCAAUCCCUGGGAAUGCUCAUGUGAUUUAGUCGCUUUGAAACUGUGGUUAGAGAAGCUGAAUGAGGGGGUGGCUGCAAAGGAGGUCAGAUGUGCAUCCCCAGCGCAGUUUGCAAACAUUGAGCUGCGGGAGCUUAAAAAUGAGAUCCUGUGCCCUAAGCUCAUAGCCAGGCCUCCUUUCAUCCUGACUAGUGCAACCCCCCUGGCUACAUCUAUGUCACCCGCUGGAGUUGGCAAGGCACCUCCUGGUGGACCAGUGCCUCUGUCAAUCAUGAUUUUGAGUAUCCUGGUGGUCUUGAUCCUCACAGUAUUUGUUGCUUUCUGUCUGCUUGUCUUCGUGCUCAGACGAAACAAAAAGCCUGCCGGGAGGCAGGAGGGGCUUGGCAACCAGGAGUGUGGCUCUAUGCAGCUUCAGCUAAGGAGGCACAACCACAAAUGCAACAAGAACGAUGACCUGGGCGGAGAGACCUUUAUCCCGCAGACCAUUGAGCACAUGAGCAAAGCCCACACUUGUGGAAUGAGAGACUCAGAUGCCGGUUUCAAGUUUGCCGACUCUCAGAGAUCGAAAAUGUUUUUACGCAACAGCAUAGAUAACGACAAGGACUCUCUAACACUGGACCCCAGGAAACGUUUAAGUACCAUUGAUGAGCUGGAUGAGUUCCUACCUGGAAGAGAGUCCAGCCUGUUCCUCCACAACUACUUGGACAACAAAAAGGAUUUCAACAGUAUAGGGUAUUUUUAGGGUGCUUUGGAUGACAAAAUGAAAUGGAGUUGAAGAUUGGCAAGCUGGGCGCAAGCAUGCACGUUUUGGAAUCCCCCAGAGUACUGUCUUUCGGAUAUUAAUUUGACACUUUUUGGGGCCUUGAAGCUGGUGGAUUCAGUUGUAACUGAAAGCACUGACAGUUCUUACAUCUGUAUCAAUCUGGAUUAUUCUGUCUGUUGUUUCUGUAAGGAGCCAUUUAAAUUUGUUCUAACGAAAUGUGAUUCCUCUUGAAGUUUUUGGGUACGGCACAUGACAGGACAUUCAUAAACCCAAGAAAAUAUCUCCAUAGCUGCUUGCCAUGUAAGCGUAUCUGAUUUAUUUUGUACGUCAACAUUAUUUGUAUUUGUGAGGCAGUUUUUAAAUGACAAAGAACAAUCCCAUUAAUACAUAAAAGGAUUCAAGAAAACAAAAAAAGAUAAUCAAAGCAAACAAAAACACUGAAGACCACUGUCACCUGUCAAUUGGUAGAUUACUUAACUUCAUAUUUAAUUUAUUUUUCUAUGCAGGACUAUUUAAAGGUUAUUGGUACUAUUUAAGAUUAUAAGGGACUUUUUUGAAUGCUACAGGUGAGAUAGAUUUGAGCUAUGCUCUGAACAACUAACUCGAACAUGUUUGUUCUGAUAUGUGUCCCAUUAUGUAUUUUACUGCUAACCUGAGCAUAGGCACUAGCGUCAGUGAUAGUGAUGUACUUUUUCACUAUUGCAUUGCAAGAGGUAAUGCCUCAUAGUGUAUUAAGUCCAACAAUCUUAUAGCCCAUGAAUAUUUUGUCAAAGAAUUUUUUUAGGAAUAUGCAACCAAAACAAGUGUGCAUUAUCGUGAUAUGAUUCUGAAUUUUAUAAAUGUGUUAUGGGAUUCCAAAAGGAAUUAGUAAGAAGGCGUGUAGAUCAUAAUUGUUUUCUUUAUUGAUUUCUCCUUUUUUUCAAAUGAGAACUGUGUAUUUUCACAUUAUCUUUUCUAUGUGUUUUCUUUUUGCUAAGAUCUACUGAUUUGGUCAAAAUCAUAUCACACUCCGUGUGCAAUAUUAUUAUGCUCAAUCAUAUUAGCUUGACAAUUUUACUUUGUCCGCUCGAGUUAAUAUUAUGGAAAGACCAGUUUUACGUUCAGAAAAGAAAGAAAUAUAUAUAUUAUUCAGUCCUUAUUUAAGAUAUUGUUAAGUUAAUGAUUGUUUGAAAUAGA